AUUGGGAGCCGCCCUGCUGCAAAUAAGAAAUGCAGGAGUACCAUGAUUCAUCAAAUAGCGGUUGCUUCCCAUCAAGAUCAUGCGGCUCAUCCUGAAUCUUUUCUCAACCGUGAUUGAGUCUCACAACCCCCCCGAUCAAUUGCUGUCAUGAUGCUUCUUACUCAUCGAGCUUGUGAGACAUGCUCGUGCAUUAUCCUACGGUCAUUGGCUGCCAGGAUUGAACUGCUAUACUGACAGCUGCCGCUUGCAUGCUACCCAAAGCUUAUUUGUGGGGCGCCGAAUCAACAAAGUCAUCUUUAGCGACCAGUUCCACUGGUCAAGAAAGAAGGCGUACGUAUCCUUGUGGGGGCUCGAAUGCUCUGGGCUUACUUCUCAGGACAUGAAGCCGAGAUGCGUUGCUAGUUAUACGCCACUGAGCCUACUGAGCCACUGCAGAGUCCAGGCACUGAGUCUUCGGAACGGAGCCCUUAUCAAUCAAGAUCCAUGUCUCAGAUGGCAAGUCUGGCUUCUGCAAUGUGCCAAGAGACAGUACGACUCUGAUGACAAAACAGUGAAGCAUAUUAUGGAUGAAUCGUCUGCAAAAGAUACAGGAAGUGAUGUUGCGUGUUCCAGUUUGAUAGAACAGGUGGCUGAUACCAACUGGGAGAGAUGUCUAUGCUAAAGGGACGUCAGUUUCCACAGCUCGUUUCAGGAUUGGUCUCCUCGUAACCUGACGGGGUAUAAGGAGCAUAUGACUCCUGCGCAGCGCUUCAGCCUCCAACUGACACUAUUCUUAUACCUGACGGAUGGUAUCGCGGCUGCGAAGACAGGUUACGCCCUCACCAAUUGGAGGUCCCUGAUGGUCCCUUAGUGUCGGGCCGCUUUGCCUGUUUGUCACGAACACGAACGCCUCCGUCGCUUAGGAUUCCCAAUUGAUGGGGAGGCAGUGGGGCCGCCCCAAGGCUAGAAGCCGAUAAACC